AUGAGGUACUGUGUGAUGUUGUUCCGAUGCAAGCUGGACACUUGUUACUUGGUCGACCGUGGCCAUCUGAUCGACGGGUCAAGCAUGAUGGUUUCACCAACAAUUUACUUUGAUUACAUUCUUAUCUAUAACAAAAAUCUGGAUGAUCAUGUUGUGCAUUUGAAAUCUGUUUUACAUGCGCUUAGGGAAGAGAAGGUGUAUGCUAAUUUGCUAAAAUGUACAUUUUGCAUGGAUAAGCUUGUCACUGUCUCGAAGCAUGUGAAAAGGGUGCAUUUGAUAAGUUCUAUAGGCAUGAGGCAUUCUUUUUUAGGGAAGAUAAACUUUGCAUUGCUAUGUGUUCUAUACGUGAAUUACUUGUGCUUGAAUCGCAUGGGGGAGAUUAGAGGAGACCUACACGUAUGUCUGAUGGGUGAUCCAGGAGUUGCAAAAAGUCAACUUCUCAAAUAUAUAAUCAGCGUCGCACCGGGAGGUGUGUAUACGACUGGGAAAAUAAGUAGUGGAGUUGGUCUGACUGCAGUUGUUCAAAAGGAUCCAGUGACAAACGAGAUGGUCUUGGAAGGAGGAGCUCUCAUAUGUGCAAUCAUGGGCAUAUGUGCAAUCGAUGAGUUUGACAUAAUGGACGAAUCAGAUCGCACGUCAAUACAUGAAGUAAUGGAUCAGCAAACUGUCAGCAUUGCUAAAGGUUGUAUCACCACUUCUUUGAAUGCACGGACUGCUAUACUUGCUGCCGCUAAUCCAGCCUGGUUUAAAUAUGAUCUAUGGAGAACACCAGCGGAGAAUAUUAAUCUCCCACCUGCGCUUCUGUCAAGGUUUGAUCUCUUGUGGUUGAUUCUCGACCGAGCAGAUAUGGAUACUGAUCUUGAAAUGGCUCGCCAUGUUCUCCAUGUGCACCAGAUGAAGGAAUCUCCAGAACUCGGGUUUACUCCACUCGAACCUUCUUUUCUUAGGGCGUAUAUUUCUGCUGUAAGAAAAUUGUCUCCUGUUGUUCCAAGGGAGUUGGAGGAAUACAUACCAAGUGCGUAUUCUAGUAUACGGCAGGAAGAGGCGAAAUCAAAUGCCCCUCACUCUUACACAACAGUCAGAACCCUACUUAGCAUUCUUAGGAUAUCUGCUGCUUUGGCAAGACUCAGAUUCUCCCACAGAAGACUUGGGGGUGUACAGAGUGACGUGGACGAGUCACUUUGGUUAAUGCAAAUGUCCAAGUUCUCACUGUACUCUGACAACUGUCACAAGUCUGGUCUCGACGCAAUUUCUGAUAUUUAUUCUAUGCUACGCCACGAAGCUGCAAGAUACAACAUGGUGGAUGUCAGCUAUGCCCAUGCCUUGAACUGGAUUUCAAGAAAGGGAUACAGUGAAGCCCAGCUGAAAGAGUGCUUGGAGGAAUACGCAGCCUUUAAUGUGUGGCGGAUCCAUCCAAAUACGUUCGACAUCCGUUUCAUCGAUGCUUAA